AUGUUACUACGAAAUUAUCUGCAACCAUUAGAACUGUUACUACAGAUAUUACUUGACCGACAUCUUAUAACAUCCCAUUGCGUUACAAUUAUUACUGAUGAGGUUAUAGAAAUUACUUCACCGAUUUCCCAUCGCUAUAUUUUACUUCGAGGAAAUGAGAGCCUCACAGAUUUAUUAAUGGAUGCUUCCGAGGCAUCCUGUUCUGAUUAUAUCGUCCGAAUACAGGACCCUCGUAGAUUUAUGGUCGAUUUUGAUUACGUGUCACACCACGGUCUUAUCAGGCGAAGCGAUAGGAAAAUUAUUAUACUACCCUCCGAUUUACCUGAUGAAGAAAAUAAAGAACAACUUCUGGAUGUACUAAAAAUGAGAGAAAGCAACUUCGUAGUUGAUAUAUUACUAGUUGUACCAGUUGAUACAAAUAUUGACUGUCCAGUUUAUGAUAUCGUUACGCAUAAGUUUGUAGGUAUUGAUAGUGAUGACCUCAUUUAUUUGGAUAGGUGGAAUUCUUGUUCAAGAGCUUUUGACAAGGACGGUCGUUUGUUCACCCAUGAUUUGUCUAAUCUCGAAGGCAAACAUGUUAAGGUCACGUGCUUUACGUAUACACCUUAUGUUUUAUUAGACCUGGAUCCUAAUAUUGUACCUUUAGGUAGAGAUGGUGUAGAAGUCCGGUUAAUGGAAGAAUUUUGCAGGUGGGUGAACUGCACAAUCGAAAUAGUUCGUGAUGCCGGUGAAGAAUGGGGUACAGUUUACGAAAAUUUCACAGGGCUAGGUGUACUUGGGAACCUCGUUGAAGAUCGUGCUGACUUCGGUAUAACUGCUCUAUAUUCAUGGUAUGAGGAAUUUCUGUACUUGGACUUCUCCGGCUAUGGUGUACGCACUGCCGUGACUUGCAUAGCACCAUCUCCAAGAUUGCUUGCAAGUUGGUCAAUGCCGUUGUUACCUUUUAGUCUAUAUAUGUGGAUUGGACUAAUGUUUACAUUUAUCUAUGAAUCAUUUGCUUUAUUUGUUGCACAAGGCUUUUCGUUGAGAAAAAUCUUUUUGACAUCUUUUGGUAUUUUGAUAACACAGUCUAUAUCAGACGCAAGUUUUCAAUCGUGGAAAAUUCGAAGCGUCGUUGGUUGGAUGAUGCUGACUGGAUUGGUUUUGGACAACGCUUACGGUGGAGGACUAGCGUCGACUUUUACACUGCCAAGAUAUGAACCUUCUGUAGAUACUAUUCAGGAUCUGGUGGAUAGAAAAAUGAUAUGGGGCGCUACACACGACGCUUGGGUGUUCUCAUUGACAUCGUCAAGAGAUCAUUUACUUCAGCAGUUAGUGCGUCAGUUUCAUUCCUAUGAACCAGAAGAAUUAGAAAGCUUGAGUUUUACCAGAAAAAUUGCAUACGCAAUAGAGAGGUUACCGGCUGGAUACUUUGCGAUUGGUGAUUAUAUGACUGAAAAGGCAGUCAAUGAGUAUACGAUAAUGGUGCAAGACUUCUAUUACGAAUUAUGUGUUGUGAUGAUGAGAAAAAGUUCACCUUACACACCCAAAAUGAACAAACAUAUCGGACGAUUACAUGAAAGCGGAUUGAUGCUGGCUUGGGAAAGAGAGAUUGCGCUGAGUCUUUUAAAUUAUCGGGUGCAACGUGAAGUGAAGUUAUCUAGAACAACGCGUGAUGUUGAAACUAUAGAACCAAUAAGCUUUCGGUUAGUUAUUGGAGUAUUCAUUUUAUACGGAAUUGGCCUUCUUCUUGCAACAUCGGCCUUUAUCGGUGAAAUUAUUAUAAACAGAAGAAAUAACAAGAGACGACAAAACAACACAUAA